AUGGCUAUAAGCGUUGGUAUGGACUCCAUCAGCGACGCUGCUACCAACCCAUCACUCUUCAAACUCAACUACGCCAAAUCAAACGGCCUGAUGUGGCUGGCAGAACGGCUGGCCCGCGCGGUAACGGGUCGCGACGCCCUUACCCAACAUGACUCUACGGUUGCUGAGGUGUCCCGCCUGACACCAGUCUCGACCGCUGACGCUGAGCGCCACAUAUUGAGAAUAAGAGGCUCCAAAGGCGUGGGCCACCCUACUGGACAUCCAAAGGACCAACAGGGAAUCGUGAAGUUGCUUGCAAAUAACAUGUACCGGCGGCCCUCCCAUUUCUUAUGGGAGCUGAUACAGAAUAUUGAUGACAACAACUACGUCGCCCAUGAACCCACACUAACCAUCACGUACAAGAACCGGGUGCUUCGUUUUGAUUCCAACGAGACUGGGUUCACGAUGGAAGACGUGGAAGCCAUCUGCAGCAUGGGCAACAGCUCCAAAACCCGCAACCCGAGCAGUCGCAUCGGCCGGAAAGGGAUUGGCUUCAAGUCUGUUUUCAAGGUUUCUGAAUCCGUGUAUAUCGCAUCUGGGUUCUAUUCAUUCCAGUUCGAUGCUAGGCAGAGUCUCGGCAUGAUGAUACCGGUGUGGUCAGCGUUUCCGGAAGAGCGCAUGGCUGGGUGGACAUCGCUCCUCUUCCAGCUUUCUCCGAGGUGCGAUGUCAAUGAAAUUCUUCAGGAACUCGAGAGAUUGAAUUCCAGGAGCAUACUUUUUCUUCGGAGACUGAGAAGAGUGCAUGUCCGCAUUGUCUACGAGGGCAUAGAUGGCAGAGAGUUUAAUUCCGAUUUUACACGGCCGCACAUCACCUGCAAGCCUGGCGAAUUACAGACCCUUCAUCUCUCGGACACUGAGCAGUCUCCUCUUGUGCUUUACAGACAUGGAAUAUCCGGGUUGCCAUCGACGGAUCCAGGCGUGAGCAACGAGCAGUCAGACAUAUUCUUGGUCUUUCCACAACCCCGCUCCCUGAGCUCAAAUGCUACGUGCUUCACGUUUGCUUUUCUUCCCAUCCGAGAUUAUGGAUUCAGGUUCGUUUGCCAUGCCGACUUUGAUCUCGUUGCCAACCGUGAAGAUGUCGACCUGUCUUCAGCCCGCAAUCAAGCGCUCUUGCGCGACCUCCCCAAAGCGUUCCUCGGAGCGGUUGACUCACUUAAUACUGGACAACUUCGCUACAUCUGGCCAUAUUACCUUCCGUUCCCAACAACGGACAGCUUCUUCGAGCCCCUUCCACGAGAGAUCAUUAGCCUGUUGUCUCGAACACCCGUGUUGGAGUCGGGUACCGGGCACCUCAUGGCGCCAGAAAAGCUCACUUGGGUUCCCCACCUGUACACUGAUCACCAUGACAGGCCAUUAAUCCCCCAAGAAUAUUCUACGUUAUUCUAUCUAUCCCAAAGUUAUCAUGCAGAUCUACGGGAGCAAAUCAUGCAGCUUGGUGUCAAUGUUCUCUCAGAAACACAGUUUAUCAACGAGCUGAAUUUCUUAAUUACGAACAAAACGCACAACUUUCGGUCAAUGCCCGAUUCCUGGCACGCGAAGAUCUGUAAAGUGCUGUGUGACCUUCUCGAGAACAAUAUGGGCGAUAUAUUGAAACUCGAGAUCAUCCCGCUACGGGACGGCCGAUGGGUCUCCGCGCAGUCAGAAGAUUUAGUCCUUCCUCUCAACAAUGACGACUUGUUUAUACCCAAAGGACUUGGGUUGGCAGAGAUUGACCCUCAAGCUGCGAGGAAUCCUCACAGAAGGCGGCUAGCAGAGAGCUUAGGUGCAAGGAGGCUUGAAAAGGCAGAGGUCUGCGCGAGGAUAUUAGAAGCACAUCAGUUUCUCUACCGGGCUGGGUGGAUAGCAGGACGGACGAAGCCCGAUCUCUGGCUUGUUGCGGAGAAUCUCCGCCCCUGUCGAGCUUCGCGAAUUUAUGUGCGCUCCGACGACCAAUUCUCUGCCGGCCAACUCUUGGCCGCGCACAACCACUCAUUCGUUUUUCUGCACGAAGAGGCUUCACCACAACUUACCAAUUACCCAAACUGGAUCGAUUGGAUGCAGCUAAAUCUUGGCGUCUCCGUCUUCCCUCGUCUCGUCGACUUUAGCGGCCACGACGAUGUGAGCUUUGUCCUCUCCGCCGAUUUUCGAUUGCUGGCUGGGCAGUCAGAGAGUAAUGAGUGGCUUGAGCUGCUUUGUCGAAGGUGGAAACACUACCGCUAUUAUUUAGUGGAUGACGCAGAGCCCGGGUCGGAAGUGAUGCCCCUGGCCGAGUCAGAAGAAGCGGCCUUGAAAGCGUCAAGGCAGCGCUUGAGAUCGGAGCUGGCGACCUUGAGUGUCCUUUGCAUCCAUGGUAAUAUCGGCCGCUCUCUAGAAAGGACUUUUCUCCCACGGAAAAGCGUUCUGUCUGGCCUAGAUGCAUUAUGUCCCUCAUCAGAAACGCCUGGGUCCUACGUUCUUGCCGGCAUUCCAGACCCAGAAGAUGUGACGCUUACAUCACACGCCUACGACAGUUGCAACACGCAGACGCAACACGAGAUGAAGUAUCUAGACUCUACCAACAUCUCCAUAGAAGCAUUUUCAAAGCUUAAGCUCCUGUUCCUCCCACAAGGAAACUCAGUUUCCGUGCCCGUCUGGCUCAGCACCGAUGACUGCGUGUGGGACGGCCCGGACUGCUUGGAACGGACGCCACGCAUCAUCCAGCACUAUCCAGAGCUUGAAUCAUUCUUCCGUGACGCGCUCCGAAUUCCGAAUGCUACACUGAAAACCCUCGUCAAUGAGGCUCGCCGGAUAGUUCCCUCAGAUUCGCUGGUGUACAUCCGACAAGUUCUCAUAGCCACCAGCGGACUGAUCCAACCAAAAGCAUGGAAGGAGAAUCGGGAUGCUGGCGUCUUGCAACUGAAAUCAUUGAACAUAUUCCCAAUAUGGUUGGGGGAAUCCGGUGGACGGUUCGACCAGCUCAGAUCUGCCAUACCCAGCCUUGUCAAGGACGAUUGGUAUAUUGCGGACCGCCCGCAUCUGCUUGCAAGUUUCGAGGGGAGAGCGCCCCUCCUGGCUCUCAGCUUGCCAAAUCUGCAAGCACUUUCGAACUUGAUUCAACUCCUUCAACUGGAGGAGCGCAUGUUGUCAAAACUGGCAAUCAAGGUGUCGAACAUCCAAACCGACAGUGCACAUAGCGUCGUCCACACCACGAACCUUCGUGCAAAAGCACACCACAUUGCCCGGCUGCUUCCUAAUAACACCACCAUCGCAGAGAGGCAAGCAAUCUUAUCGCAACUGAAUCACAUUCAUGUAUCCGAGCUGGAAAGAUUUGAGUUCGGCUGGGAGAUCAAAGGUACUGGGCUACAGGGCCGCACCGAGGCUGGUGCCGUGGCCCUACACCUGCACCCAGACAUGCUCGACGUAUACAUGUCUUCCGAGGAAGCGGUCAUAGGGUUCUCCUCUCUCGAAUUGCUGGAGGAGCUUCGACUUUGGCUCAAAAUCGCCGACGGUGAACGCACGUCGCUGCUACACCAUGUUCUUACGGAGAAGAAUGUAGAGAGAAUCGAGGCGAGCCUUCGGAGGAGAGGCGUGCCGGAAGACGUCCCGGAAUGGGAGGACAUAGCAAAUGCCAUGAAGCAAGCCAUCUCAAUGUGCCCACGGUGCGCCAGCAUUACGCUCUCAUCCGCUACUAUUGCGGGAGAAAUAUCAGGGGACGAUUGCGAAUUUCAGAAACCGUACGCACAGCAGAAUCCUUCGAAGGCUGCCAGGCACCACAAGAGUCCGGGGAACCCCAAACACAGGGGCAGUGUAAGGCCGGUGGCGGGGCUCUACAAGGAGUAUCUUGAGUCCCGUGAACCCGCCGCCAAUCGCACUUUCCACGUCAUUAAAAAUGGUAUUGUUCCGCUGAGAUCAUCGCCUGUUACUUUUGGUGGAAAGAGGGACGGCGACCCGCAAUUUGUGGGAGAAUACUUGGUCUCGGAAUAUUUAUCACGAUCUCUUGGUAAGGAUUAUGUACCUACGGAGCACUGGAAGAGCCCAUUGCGGGUCGGUGCCGGGCAUCCCCCUCCCGAUAAGGACGCAAAGGCUGUUGCCACUUUUGUGAUCAAAGAUGUGGGCAACAAGUUGCGGGGGAGGCUUUUUGAACUGGAUGAUCAGCGUCUGAAGAUGCUAGCGGUGGAGGUGACAUUUCACAUGUGUGUCUGUGUAACGGAGGGAUCUCUGAACACACCAUUUCGACUUCAAGGUCCCCAUGCUCAGCUGGCUCAAGAUUUGGCAUUAACCAACACAAAGCCAGUGGACGAGGUUUUUGUGUUGCUCCGUGUUUACAAUGUCACGAGGCAUUGUCGUGUGGCUAUCUUUAUCGAUCCUUGGGCCCUGCGCACAAAAGGAUUGCUAUCGAUUGUCCCGUAUGGUGGGUGGCAGUGUACGCUGGACACUUUGGGUGCUCCCGCUCCUUCCCACCUCAACUUGGAUGCAACUCACACACACCUGGAGCCGUCCAACUGUUACAAGUACCUCUCUUUGCAGCCCAAUCACAUCCGGGUGUUGUACCUUCACCCACACAAGGGCCGAAGAGAGGCACCGCUCGAGGCGUCUAUACAUCACGUUGCCCUUUCCUCUGAGCCGAACUUUUCCGCCUUCUCCUACGUCUGGGGAAACUCCGAAACGAUCGAGGUUUUACAGACUUCUGAAGGCAAUAUCGCAAUAACGCGGUCCCUAGCCACAGCACUGCGACUAAUUAGACACGAGAAGUCGCACGUGUCAAUCUGGGCGGAUGCCGUUUGCAUAGAUCAGCACAAUGCAGUCGAGAAGAGCGCGCAGAUUCGUCUCAUGCAACAAAUUUACCAGCAGGCAGAUAUGGUCCUAGCUUGGAUAGGCGAGGCCGACAGCCAUAGCAGCAGGGCCCUCCAGUUUCUCACGCAACUUCAACAUGGUGGCGGGGUCAAAGCAAAACUACCGGAAAACGACGAUCCGAUCUGGGGGUCCCUAAACAUGUUGCUUUCGCGGGAGUGGUUCUCUCGCAUCUGGAUAGUCCAGGAGCUUGUCCUGGGCUCCAAGGUUGAGAUGCUUUGCGGCAAUGAAAGCAUCCGGUGGGAGGACUUCUUCGAAUCCGCCGUCAUAGCAUGGCAGCACCGUUUCGACGCGCUACCCAAUGCCGAGGCAGCGCUCGCGAUGGGGUUUGCCCGGCGGCAAUUGAAGCUCACCCGACACAAGCUCGGCUUCUUCCAGUUACUCGAGUCCUUUUCACACACCAAGGCAACGAAAUGCGAAGAUAAGAUGUUUGCCCUGCUAGGAAUCGCCUGCGACGUCGCGGAGGAGGAAUUCGAUCCAGACUACGGGUCGGGGGUUAAAGCCGUAGCGCAACGAUACGCGGUGAAGUUCGUCGAGAAGGGCAUGGUGUUGGAUCUGCUGUACCGAUCCGGAACGGGAAGGUUGCCAGGAUCAGCUACUCCGUCGCCCGUGGCGUUCACGUCGUCUUCGUGGAUCCCCGAAUUCACAAGUAGCCCCUUUCCCGAAACAAUCUCCAACUGGAACACCGGCACCGCAAGGUAUUUUGCCGGGCACCGCGGCGUGCCGGAGGCUUCUGUGCACUUUACAGGUAUAGUGGCGAGGGGCACGGCGCACCAGCCUGUCCUAGCCGUGAGAGGGGCCAUCAUCGACAGCCUGGCAGGCACUGCGGAGCUAAGAGUUGCUACUCAUAGCUUUGCCUCGUUCACAGCCGCAAACGAGGAUCUCGAGAGAUUCUUUGCCUUUCUGCGCGAGUAUCCAACCGGUGAGUCUCUAGAAACAGUGAGGCUCAAGCUGGCCAUAGGCGGAGCCACCGGCCCAUGCUCCUCCAAUUUGAUACUACGCCGAUCACAUUGGACCCUUGCCCAAGUAGGCGAUGCCGCCACCAACGUCCCGGAUGGCUGCGUGUGGCCAGCAAACCUGAAGGACGAGAUACUUUGUGCGAGACAGGGAGGAAACGUGGCCAUCUAUACAGACCGUCCACGAUCUUCACUGGAGACCGUCGCGGCAUAUUGGCGGACGGCCGCGGCUUUCACCAAGCGCAUUCCCAAGGCGAAACUGUGCCACACGACCAAGGGGUAUGCGGGACUUGUACCCGGAAACGCCCGCGCCGGCGACAAGAUAUGCCUGUUCCGAGGCGGCGCAGUACCCUUCGUCUUGAGGGCUGGACGUGUUCCCGGGCAGUACUGGCUCGUGGGGGAGUGUUAUAUUCACGGCAUCAUGUACGGAGAAGCUUUGGGAUGCGAGGAGGCCAAGGAGCCGGGCACUAUCUGUCUGGUGUAG